AUGGUCACCAUAGAAUCAGAAGCAAGAACGGCUGAAGCCUCUUCUCCACCCUUGCUUUGGUCGGUGAGAAUCUCAGUCGAUAGAGAUGAAGGAGUAUCGAUUUUUGGGGUUUCUAAGGUCUCACCAUUUGGAGUGAGAGAGAGGUCUGAGAUAGUCGCAUUAGAACUGGAGGGUGUGUGGAAAUCUGGUUUAGAGGUGUUUUCAGUGGUUGAGACUGGAAUGGUAACAGAUGGUUCAUCAGGGAAUGAAGGCUCAAAGGUUUUCUCUGGGUUGAUUUCUACUAAAGAAGGGAUUAUCGAGUCUGANGUUGGCCUACCUGAGCCUCCAUCUUUUACUUCUCCUUUCAACAACUCAUUGGUAGCUGAAGACUCAAGUCCUCAUCAACCUCCCCAAGAAGGAGAAGAAGAGAUUGAGAAGUAUGAAAUAUCAAAUGAAGAAGAAGAACAUGGUAAUAAUGCAACUGCAGGGGUACUUAAAAUGUACAGCAAGUUAGAAAGGGUUGAAGCCAUUUUGGCACAAGCCAGGUCUUCCAUAAGAGAAGCUGCUCGAAAUGGGAGUAUGAUAUCUAACCAUCAUGACCCUGAUUAUGUUCCUCAAGGCCCCAUGUACCAUAACGCAAAUUCCUUCCACAGGAGCUAUCUUGAAAUGGAGAAGAAGUUCAAGGCAUAUGUGUAUGAGGAAGGAGAACCUCCAAUAUUCCAUAAUGGUCCAUGUAGGAGCAUAUAUUCAACAGAAGGAAGGUUUAUACAUGAAAUGGAAAAGGGAAAUUUCUACAGAACUAAAGAUCCAGAUGAGGCUAUGGUGUAUUUUCUGCCAUUUAGUGUAGUUGUGAUGGUUCAUUACCUCUAUGUCCCUGGUGCCCAUGAUAUGCAUAACAUUGGCAGAACUGUUGCUGAUUAUGUUAAAGUCAUUUCUGCAAGACAUACCUUUUGGAACAGAAGUCUUGGUGCUGAUCACUUCAUGCUUUCCUGUCAUGACUGGGGGCCACAUUCGACUUCAUACGUUCCACAUCUCUUCAACAACUCCAUAAGAGUUCUGUGCAAUGCCAAUACCUCAGAAGGUUUUAAUCCUAUAAAAGAUGUAUCUCUACCGGAAAUCCAUCUCAAGACGGGCGAUAUCAAGGGACUCAUCGGAGGUCCCUCACCAUCAACAAGAUCAAUUCUUGCAUUCUUCGCGGGUGGUUUACAUGGUAACAUUAGACACCAUCUGCUAGAACAAUGGAAAGGGAAAGACGAAGAUGUGUUAGUUUACGAAAAACUUCCAAGAGGCAAAUCUUAUGAAUCCAUGUUAAAGAACAGCAAGUUUUGUUUGUGCCCAAGUGGAUAUGAAGUUGCAAGUCCAAGAGUUGUGGAAGCAAUAUAUGCAGAAUGUAUUCCUGUCUUGAUUUCAGAUAGUUAUGUGCCACCAUUUAGUGAUGUUCUGAAUUGGAAAUCAUUUUCUGUGACAGUGGCUGUGAAAGACAUACCAAAUAUCAAGAAGAUAUUAAUGAGCAUUUCACAGAGUCAGUACUUGAGAAUGCAUAGGAGAGUGAAGCAAGUUCAGAGGCAUUUUGUGAUUAAUGGACCACCCAAAAGAUUUGAUCUUUUCCACAUGAUUGUUCACUCCAUUUGGCUAAGAAGAUUGAAUAUUAGAGUUCAUGAAUAGGAUUUACUAUACUUAUAUUUUGGACAAGUUAAAGAGAGGGGAACCUUCAGCAGUUGAAUGGAAAUCCAGUUCAACUGAACUACUAGUAUAUCCAAAUGGAACAAACAUCUAUUUUUCUUUUUUUUAUUGUUUUCUUCUUUUUUGUUUUUAUUAUUUUCUGACAGAAGUUUCUUGAAUUUUGCUGUUACAUCUUGUAAAGAAUUUUUUUCCAGUUUUGAAAUCAAUGUUACUUGUAAGUCAUUUUCUGUUUC